AUGCGCGAUCUCACUCUGAAAGCUGGACAGAAUAUCAGGCUGGACAUCAAGGUUUCUGGUGAACCACCACCAAGCAAGACCUGGUUCCACAAUAAAGAGAGGUUGUCUACCCGCGACGAUCUGUCGGUAGAUGUGGAAGAUUACCGCACAAAGUUGUCGGUAGUAAUAGCGUCGCGUAAACAUAGCGGUACAUACGUACUGAAGGCGGAGAAUAGCAGCGGCAAAGAUGAGGCCUCCAUACAGAUCAACGUGCUCGACGUGCCGGCCAAACCUGAGGGACCGCUCAAGAUUUCUGACGUGCACAAAGAAGGAUGUACACUGAAAUGGAACCCGCCACUAGACGACGGUGGCGCUCCCAUCGAUCACUAUUUGGUGGAGAAACUGGACACGGAAACGGGCCGCUGGAUGCCCGCACUAAAGACUAAAGAUCCGAAGGCGGAGAUUGAGAACCUGGUUCCCGGACACGAGUAUAAGUUCAGGGUGUCUGCUGUCAACAACGAGGGUGUUUCGGAGCCUCUGGACGCUGAUCACUCGAUCAUUGCCAAGAAUCCGUUCGACGAGCCCGGUAAACCCGGCACACCCGAAGUGGUUGACUGGGACAAAGACCACGUGGACCUCAAGUGGAGCAAGCCCAUCAACGAUGGUGGCGCCCCCAUCACCGGAUACAUCAUCGAGAAAAGAGAAGUUGGCUCGCCAAAAUGGUUGAAGGCCUGUGAGGUCGGUCCCAAUGACAACGAGAAGGCGACAGUGCCAAACCUGGACGAAGGUACCGAGUACGAGUUCAGAGUGAAGGCGAUCAACGAAGCCGGCCCUGGUGAACCCAGUGAUGCCAGCAAGUCUGUAAUCUGCAAACCAAGACGAUUGGCGCCGAAAAUCGAUCGUCGCAACCUCCGAACGAUCAAGGUUCAUGAGGGUGAACCUAUCUCACUGGAUGUCAAAGUGUCAGGAGAGCCAGCGCCUGAUGUCACGUGGACGCUUAACGGAAAGUCUGUCAUCAGUGGCAAUGGCUUGAAAUUGGUUAACGUACCGUACUUGAGCAAGUAUCAGCAUGCUAGUCCACGUCGCAAGGAUUCUGGCACAUACAAGAUUCAGGCUACCAAUAAGUAUGGACAAGAUACUGCCGAGUUGGAGAUCAUAGUAACAUCUAAACCUGAUAAGCCGGAGGGUCCACUAGAAGUGUCUGACAUCCACAAGGAUGGAUGCAAGUUGAGCUGGAAACGGCCAAAGGACGAUGGUGGUGAACCUAUAGAAGCGUACCUGGUAGAGAAGUAUGACACGGAAACUGGAACAUGGCUGCCUGUUGGCAAGACACUUGGCAAUGUACCCGAGAUGGAGGUGGACGGAUUGAUUCCCGGUCACGAAUACAAGUUCCGCGUGAAGGCUUUGAACAAGGAAGGUGAAUCUGAACCCCUGGAGACCUUCGGCUCGAUUGUCGCCAAGGAUCCAUUCACCGUACCGGACGCGCCGUCUGCGCCCGUGCCGGAUGACUGGUCCGCUAACCAUGUGGACCUCAAGUGGGAGCCGCCGAUAUCUGAUGGCGGAUCACCCAUUAUCGGAUAUAUUGUGGAGAAGAAGGAUAAAUACAGUCCUCUGUGGGAGAAGGCGAUAGAAACACAUACGCCCACGCCCACAGCUACCGUUAACGGUCUGAUCGAAGGCAACGAGUACCAGUUCCGCGUGAUCGCGGUCAACAAGGGCGGGCAGAGUAAGCCGUCUGAGCCGAGUAAGAACUUCGUCGCGAAGCCUCGUUUCCUCGCGCCCAAGAUCGACAGGAGGCACCUGCGUGACGUCACCAUCUCCGCCGGCUCCACGCUCAAGCUGGAGGCAGCCAUUACCGGGGAACCCGCGCCCGCUGUUGAAUGGAGAUAUCAGAACAUGCCUUUACGUCCAUCUAAGGCUGUGACCAUAGACAGUCCGGAUUACUUCACUAAACUGGUGAUCCGUCCGGCUCGACGCGACGACUCCGGCGAGUAUACGGUGACCGCUGUCAACUCUAGCGGCAAAGACGUGGUGCAAAUCAAUGUUACUGUCACCGAUAAACCCAACAAACCUGAAGGACCACUACAGAUUUCGGAUGUGCACAAAGAAGGAGCUACCCUCAAGUGGAAACGGCCAAAGGACGACGGUGGCGCCCCCAUCGAGUAUUACCAGAUCGACAAGCUGGAUACCGAGACUGGCUGCUGGGUGCCGUGUGCAAGAUCUGAGGAACCGAAAUGUGACGUUACUGGUUUGACUCCUGGAAAGGAGUACAAGUUCAGAGUGUCAGCCGUUAACUCCGAGGGCGAAUCUGAACCGCUCACAUCUGAAGAGAGUAUCGUCGCCAAGAAUCCAUUCGACGAACCUGGUGCACCUGGUACACCUAGCGUGACCGACUGGGAUAAGGAUCACGUAGACCUGAAAUGGACGCCGCCGCGUAAUGAUGGCGGCGCUCCCAUCACCGGGUACGUGGUGGAGAAGAAGGACAAGUUCGGAGACUGGGAGAAGGCUCUAGAAGUGCCCGCUGGCACUACCAAUUGCACAGUUCCAGAUCUCAUCGAGGGACAGACUUAUGAGUUCAGAGUACGUGCUGUAAACAAGGCGGGUCCUGGUGAACCAAGUGACAGUACUCAUCCGAUUGUUGCUAAGCCAAGGAACCUGGCACCGAAGAUAGACAGGACGAACCUUAUAGAUAUCAAGCUGAAGGUCGGCCAGAAGUUCGGCUUCGACGUCAAGGUAACCGGCGAGCCGAUGCCUGAAACAAAAUGGUAUCUCGCCAAGAAGGAGGUGAAGUCAAGCGGUGAUAUGAAAGUGCAACAUUCAGAUUACAACACCAAGUUGAACUGUAAAGCGGCCACCCGUGCGGAUAGCGGCCGAUACACCAUCACAGCAGAGAACAGCAACGGAAAGGAUGUGGCUGAAGUGGAAGUUAUCGUUCUAAGUGUGCCCAGUCCACCCGGAGGACCGCUCAAGGUGUCAGACGUCCACGCUCAUGGCGCCAAACUAUCAUGGAAUCCACCAGCGGACGACGGUGGUCAGCCGAUAGAUAAAUAUGUGGUGGAACGCAUGGACGAGGCCACUGGAAGAUGGGUGAACGCCGGCGAGACCGACGGCCCGCAGACCAGCCUCGCAGUGGAUGGACUACAACCGGGACACAAGUACAAGUUCAGAGUUAGGGCUGUCAAUAGGCAAGGUAAAUCUGAACCACUCACCACACCUCACUCUACUGAAGCCAAGAAUCCGUUCGACGUAGCCUCUAAACCCGGAACGCCCAAAGUCAAGGACUUCGACCGGGACUUUGUGGAAUUGGAAUGGACUAGGCCAGAAUCCGAUGGUGGGGCACCCAUCACUGGAUACGUUAUUGAGAAGAAGGAUAGAUUCUCCCCUGACUGGGAGGAAUGUGCUCAGGUGGAAGGCGACGUAACAACUGGAAAAGUUCCGGACUUGAUCGAAGGCAACACUUAUGAAUUCCGCGUGCGCGCCCUAAACAAGGCCGGCAAAGGAGAGCCCAGCGACUCCACCGCCCCCCAUCUCGCCCGCCCCAAGAACUUGCCCCCCAAGAUCGAUCGUAACUUCAUGUUCGACAUCAAGGUCAAAGUCGGACAGAACUUCGAUCUCGACGUACCUGUCGCUGGUGAACCGACACCUACCAAAGAGUGGCAUCAUGCAGACAAUCUUGUCAUGAACACCGAUAGAAUAAAGGUCAUCAACGAUGCUCAUUCGACCAAACUGAAAGUCGUCGACGCCAAACGCGCUGACACCGGAGUUUAUACUCUCAAAGCGAAAAAUAUCAACGGAACAGACACAGCUACGGUCAAAAUCCUCGUCCUCGACGUACCGUUACCGCCAGAGGGACCUCUCAAAGCGGACGAUGUCACCAAAUCCGGAUGCACUCUUCGCUGGAGACCGCCGAAGGACGACGGUGGCAGCGAAAUCUCGCACUACGUCGUCGAGAAGAUGGACCAAGAGAACAUGCGCUGGAUUCCAGCUGGCGAAGUCCAAGCUUGCAGCAUCCGAAUCGAUCAUCUCAUCGAAGGUCACGAUUACAACUUCCGCGUCCGCGCUGUCAACAAGCAAGGAGAAUCGCAACCCCUUACGGGACACGAACCGGUCACCGCGAAAGAUCCGUACGGUACGCCGGACAAACCCGGCACGCCUGUCGUCAAGGACUGGGACAAGGAUCACAUGGACUUGGAAUGGGUCCCGCCGAAAAAGGACGGUGGCUCUCCAAUUACCGGAUACAUCAUCGAGGCGAAGAAGAAGUACGGCCCAUGGGAAGUAGCCGCGACCGUGCCCGGAAACCAGACCAAAGGAACGGUCAACAAUCUCCAGGAAGGAGAGGAAUACGAGUUCCGCGUGAUCGCGGUGAAUAAGGCUGGCAACGGUGAGCCGAGUGAUGCCUCGACUCCUCAAGUUGCGAAGGCGCGUUUCUGCGCACCUCACUUCGACAAGAUGCUACUCGCCGACAAAACAGUUAAAGCGGGACAGAGGAUACAAUACGAAAUACCUAUCGAGGCUUCCCCGAAAGCGACGGUCGAGUGGCAGAUCAACGGAAAGGUGGUCCAUCCUACUGAUCACAUCGACGUCCAGGUGUUGCACAACAGGGUGAUCCUAGACAUUCCAUUCUCCGUCCGAGCAGACGGAGGCGUUUACAAACUCACCCUCAAGAACGACCUCGGAGUUUGUUCGGGAACCGCUCAAGUUACCGUUCUGGAUAAACCAUCUAGGCCCGAGAAGCCUUUGGUCGUAUCGGACGUCACCAAGGACUCAUGUUCGCUGUCAUGGAAAGUGCCUUUGGAUGACGGUGGCUCACCGAUCUUGCAUUACGUUAUCGAGAAAAUGGAUCUGUCUCGCGGAACGUGGUCCGAUGCCGGCAUGAGCACGUUCUUGUCGCAUCAAGUGACGCGUCUCAUUCACAUGAAGGAGUACCUGUUUAGAGUGAGCGCUGUGAACGCUAUCGGCCAAUCGGAACCGCUCGAAUUAGACAGAGCGAUCGUUGCCAAGAACGAAUUUGAUGAACCAUCGGCUCCGGGUAAACCUCAAGCUACAGACUGGAGCAAAGACCAUGUGGACUUGGAAUGGACUCCACCCAAAUCCGAUGGUGGCGCACCCAUCACCGGCUACAUCAUACAAAAGAAAGAGAAGGGAAGCCCGUACUGGGUGAACGCCGUGCACGUGCCACCGAACAAGACCAAAGCUACAGUCCCCGACUUGAUCGAAGGACAGGAUUACGAGUUCCGCGUUAUCGCCGUCAAUCAAGCUGGUCAGUCAGAGCCGAGCGAACCUUCAGAUAUCAUCACGGCAAAGGACAGAUUCGUCGCGCCCAAGAUCAUCACGCCGCUCAAAGAGAUCCGCAUCAAAGCGGGUCUCAUCUUCCAUUUCGACGUCGACUUUAUCGGUGAGCCGACUCCUGAGGUCACCUGGACUUGCGAUGGAAAACCGGUCGUCGCCAACGAAAGGACCACUGUUACGUCAGUCGGUCAUCAUACAAUCGUGCACACUGUUAAUUGCAAACGUUCAGACGCCGGUAAAUACAACUUGAAACUGAAAAACGAUUCCGGAACUGACGAAGGCAGCUUCGAGUUGAUAGUCCUGGACGUGCCCGGUCCACCGCAACCGCUUUUCGAAUACGAGGAGAUCACUGCGCAGUCCGUUACAUUGUCAUGGAAACCGCCUAAAGACAACGGUGGAAGCGAACUCACUGCUUACGUUAUCGAAAAGCGCGAUCUCACUCAUGGCGGAGGCUGGGUACCCGCCGUCACGUAUAUAAAUCCUAAAUUCAACCACGCGACUGUACCUAGACUGACAGAAGGAACUAAAUACGAAUUCAGAGUCUUCGCUGAGAACUUACAAGGCCGCUCGGAACCUCUUGUAACAGAUAGAGCAGUCGUCGCAAAGAACCAAUACACAGUGCCUGGUAAACCUGGCAAACCUGAACUUGUUUCUGCGGACAAAGAUCACAUCAAAAUCAAAUGGCAGCCGCCGAUUUCGAACGGUGGAUCGAAUAUUCUCGGAUACGAUAUUGAGAGAUGCGACAAGGCAACUGGCCGCUGGAUAAAACUUAACAAAGACCCCGUAAGGACCAACGACUACGAAGACGACAGGGUUCAAGAGGGUCACCAGUACGAGUACAGAGUAUCCGCCGUGAAUGCCGCUGGACCUGGCCAGCCAUCAGACCCGUCUAAUGUGUUCGUUGCCAAACCCAUGAAAGAGAAACCUAAACUGUGGCUCGACCAUCUUAUUGGCCGCAGAAUCAAGGUUAGAGCGGGAGAGCCCAUUAAUAUUAACAUUCCGAUAACUGGUGCUCCGACGCCAGAUAUAUCUUGGACUAAGGGAUCUAUACCUCUGGUACCGUCUCAUAGACUUUCAGCCGAAACGAAGAACGAUGAAACUAAACUUAGCAUCGAGAAGUCUACCAGAGACGAUGCCGGCAAAUACACUAUUACGGCUUCUAAUGCCCACGGUAAAGACUCCGCGGAUAUCGAAGUUAUUGUCGUCGAUAAGCCAGGAAUGCCUAAAGGACCUCUCAUCUGUACUCCAGUCACACAUGACUCUAUUAGUCUUACAUGGCAUCCACCCACAGACGAUGGUGGCAGUGAAAUCACUGGAUACGUCGUCGAAGUCGCCGAAUUCGGCGUCAACGAUUGGCGGACAGUCGCCGGAUUUUGUCCUAAAUGCUCUUUCACUGUCAAGAAUCUCACUGAAGGAAAGAAAUACAUCUUUAGGGUGCGCGCUGAGAAUCUCUAUGGAGUUUCGGAUCCUUUGGAAAGCAAGCCGACCGUUGCCAAAUCGCCAUUCGAUCCGCCGGAUGCACCGGAGACUCCCAAAAUUACCGGAUACAGUUCGAACAGUUGCUCUUUGGAAUGGGAGCCACCCGCAAACUGCGGAGGUAAACCUAUCACUGGUUACUAUGUUGAGAAACGUGAACGCGGCGGCGAUUGGGUCAAAGUCAACAACUAUCCAACGCCGAACACUUGCUACACGGUUCCGGACCUUCGCGAAGGCAACAGAUACGAAUUCAGAGUCAUCGCCGUCAACGAAGCCGGCCCUGGCAAACCGAGCAAACCCACCGAACCGAUUACUGCUCAAACUCAAAGACUUAAACCGAGCGCACCUGAAGCUCCCAAACCUGAUAGAAUCACUAAAGAUUCGGUCACGCUAUCAUGGAGACCGCCCAAGAGUGACGGUGGCGCCAAGAUCAAAGGCUACAUUGUUCAACAGAAGGGCAAAGGCGACAAGGACUGGAAAGACGUCAAUGACGUGCCCGUACCAGGCUUGGUACAUACUGUACCGAAUCUCAAAGAAGGCGAUGAAUACCAAUUCAGGGUUAUCGCCGUCAACGAUGUUGGUAGAUCAGACCCGAGCAAACCUACCGGCGAUAUCGUCAUUGCUGAGCAACCCAAUAAACCUUGUAUGGACUUGGGUGGAGUCAGGGAUAUUACAGUACGUGCUGGAGAAGACUUCUCUAUCCACGUGCCGUACACCGGUUUCCCGCAACCGACAGCUUCUUGGUUUGCUGAUGAUAACCUGCUUGACGUCGAUGGAGACUCAAGGAUAUUCCAGAAGAUUACUCCAGAAUCAGCUUCGUUGGUCGUUAAGAACGCGAAACGAACAGACGGUGGACAAUACCGCUUGCAACUUCGCAAUCCAUCUGGAUACGAUACGGCUACUAUCAACGUUCGCGUUCUGGAUAGGCCCGGAAAACCGGAGAACCUCAGAGCAGAUGAAUUUGAAGGCGAAGCGCUCACGUUAUACUGGAACCCGCCCAAAGAUAACGGAGGUGGUGAAAUCACCAAUUAUGUCGUCGAGAAACGCGAAGCUAGAACACCGAACUGGACCAAAGUGUCAGGCUACGUCACCACUCCGUUCUUGCGGGUGAAGAACUUGACAGUCGGUCGUGACUAUGAAUUUAGAGUGAUGGCUGAGAACCAAUACGGCCAAUCUGAUCCCGCGCAGACGACCGAACCGAUCAAAGCGAGACAUCCAUUCGAUCCUCCCGGUGCUCCAGGAGCGCCUCGUUCUAUCGAAACAACGGAGUCAUCGAUCACGAUCACUUGGACGAAGCCUCGGCACGAUGGUGGAUCGCCGAUAACAGGAUACGUUGUGGAGAAACGGUUGAUAACCGAAGACAAAUGGACGAAGGCAUCUCACGCUCACAUUCCAGAUACAACCUACAAAGUUACAGGAUUAAUAGAGAAUCAUGAAUACGAAUUUAGAGUGGCCGCUAUCAACGCAGCUGGUCAGGGUCCGUGGUCACAGAGUUCUGAUGCUAUCAGGGCUUGCGCACCGCCCAACUGCCCGAGGAUCACCAGCGAUCUCAGCCUUAGAGAUAUCACUGUCAUUGCUGGCGAAGAGAUCAAGAUCACUGUACCGUUCACCGGAAACCCAAGACCAAAGGUAUCUUGGAUGGUGAACAACGAGGAAGUAUUCCCUGACAGUCGCAUCCGUUUCGUAACAUCUGACAUUGAUACUGUCUUUAUGAACACUUGCGCUAAGAGAUCUGACACCGGCUCUUACACGAUACAGCUGACUAACAGCGAGGGGUCUGACAGUGCCACAUGCAGAGUACUUGUGGUAGACAAACCGUCCCCGCCAGUAGGCCCCUUGGAAGCGUCAGAUAUUACACCUGAUACAUGCACGCUAAGUUGGAGACCACCUCUUGACGAUGGUGGUUCACCAAUCACUAAUUAUGUGGUCGAAAAAAUGGACGGUAGCGGGGUAUGGUCGAAGAUAUCUUCAUUUGUUCGUAACUGCCACUAUAAUGUGAUGGGCUUAGAGCCAAACAAGAAGGUCACAUUCAGAGUGCGUGCGGAGAACCAAUACGGAGUAUCUGAGCCUCUCGCGAUGGAUGAUUAUAUUACUGCCAAGUUCCCAUUCACGGUUCCGGAUCCGCCAGGCACGCCUCGUGUGACCGACUGGGACGGUUCCACCGCCACGGUGGUAUGGGACAGACCGCGAUCGGACGGCGGCGCCCGUAUUCAGGGAUACAAGAUCGAAUUCCGGGACGUGCAAGACGGCGUCUGGGUUAGCGCUGACUACCUCGUCAAGGAUUGCAACUAUCAGGCCUACAAUUUGGAACCUGGACACGAGUACGAGUUCCGCGUGCGCGCACAGAACGCGGCCGGCCUCAGCAAGUACUCGAAUUCAUCUCAGAAGUUCCGCGUUCGACCUAAGUGCGGCCCGCCCGGCGCUCCUCGCUCGCCUCGCGUGCUGCGAGUCGGAAAAACUUACGUGGACCUGUCGUGGGAUCCACCGGCUACAGACGGAGGUUCUCGCGUAACCGGCUAUAUAAUCGAGCGUCGCGACGUCGGCGGAUCUGUAUGGGUGAAGAGCAACGACUACAACGUUCAAGAUACGACAUUCACCGUAAUGAACCUCGGCGAGAAACAGGACUACGAGUUCCGUAUCAUCGCCGUCAACGCCGCAGGCAAAUCCGAGCCGUCCUCUUGCACCAGCCCAGUACGGACUGGCGAAGAAUUGGGCGGCACGAAGCCGGAAUGGGUGAAACAAGUGCCGCCUCAUAUGGCAGCGCCAUUGGGAAGACCUUUCACCAUAGAAUGUGUGGCUAGUGGCAACCCUGUGCCUACUGGCAGGUGGAUGAAGAACGGCAGGGAAGUCGUACUUGGAACUAGAUUUAUUGCUGAAUCCCGCGAAGGCACCUUGAAACUGAAUAUUCUAGAAGCUAAAGACGAUGACGAGGGUGAUUACACUUGCGAGGCGUCCAACACAAUUGGCUUCAUUUACAGCACUGGACAUCUGAAAAUUGGAAGUCCGCCUCGCAUCACUCGUAUGCCAGGAGAUAUGCAUCUACCGGAGCAUGACAACACGAAGAUAAAGAUCUUGUACACUGGCGACCAACCCGUCGACGUCACACUAACCAAAGACGGCCACAAAGUGACGGAAUCGCCCAGACUCAAAUAUACAGUCUUCGACGAUUAUAUGCUUAUCUUUAUAAAGGAUAUCAGCAAAGACGAUAUGGGCACAUACAAACUGACGAUAAAGAACAACAGUGGAGAAGCAUCAGACUCAUUCUCUAUAACCGUGACUGGUCUACCUGGACCACCUCAAGGACCAUUGGAGACUACAGACAUAACUAGACAUUCGUGCACUAUCGCAUGGAGACCGCCCGCUUACGACGGCGGCAUGCCCGUAACGCAUUACGUGGUAGAGAGGAUAGAUGUGUCUGGAACUGUAUGGAUUACAAUAGCGUCCUCAGUCAGGGAUACAAAGUAUACCGUGCAGGGAUUGGUGGAAGGUCAGGAGUAUAACUUCAGGGUGCACGCAGCUAAUGAGAAUGGCAUCGGACCGGCUCUUGAAGGUGUCAAUCCGAUCAAGGCCAAGGCACCAUUCGACCCACCAUCCGCUCCUGGCAUUCCCAAGAUCUUGGAAGUAGGAGGAGACUUUGUUCAUCUCGAAUGGGAUAAACCGGAAAGCGAUGGCGGUGCUAGAAUACAGGGCUACUGGGUUGAUAAACGCGAAGUGGGCACAACGACAUGGCAAAGAGUGAAUGCACUCAUUUGCUUGCCCAAUCAGCUCAACUGUUCCAACCUGAUCGAGGGUCGCCAGUACGAGUUCCAGGUGACUGCGCAGAACGAGGCUGGCUUGUCGCCGCCUAGCUCUGCCAGUCAACAAGUCAAGGUCGUCGAUCCUAAGGCCGCCACUCCUCCGGAGAUCGUGAAACCUCUGAAGAACGCUAACUGCAUUCAGUACCACAACGCUAAAUUCCAAUGUACUAUCACUGGUUCACCGAAACCGACCAUCACAUGGUACAAGGGUGCACGCGAGAUUACUAACGGUCCUCGUCAUCGUAUAUGGAGCGAAGGAGACAACCACUUCUUGACCGUUGUCGAUGUAUUCGGCGAAGACGCCGAUGAGUAUGUUUGCCGCGCUGUCAACCGCGCAGGAGUCAAGAGUACCAGAGCAGAGUUGCUCAUCAUGACCGCGCCGAAGCUGAACGUGCCACCUCGUUUCCGUGUGACCGCAUACUUCGACAAGGGCGAGAACGUCAUAGUGAAGAUUCCCUUCACCGGACAUCCGGUGCCCAAAAUCACCUGGGUCAGAGAGGGAGAGACGAUAGAGUCUGGAUUGCACUACCAUGUCGAGAGGAAAGAACGGCAUGCUAUCCUGACCAUUCGGGACGCUAGCAAACUGGACUCUGGCCCAUACAGGAUAACGGCCGAGAAUGAACUUGGACAGGACUCUGCCAUUGUCAACAUCGAGAUUAGCGAUCGCCCAGACCCGCCUCGUUUCCCGGCCGUGGAUAACAUCGGCGUGGACUCAUUGGCGUUGAGUUGGAAGGCUCCAGUAUGGGACGGAGGCUCUGAUAUCACCAAUUAUCUGGUUGAGAAACGUGAGCACCCCAUGACAUCCUGGAUCAGAGUUGGUAAUACAAGAUUCACGACGAUGGCCAUCACUGGUUUAGUACCAGGCAAACAGUACGAGUUCAGAGUGUACGCUGAGAACAUUUACGGACGCUCCGAACCAAGCGAACCCACCUCUCUGGUGCAGACCAAGGCAGUUGUCAAGAAGGAGUUCAAGAAGAAAGAAUAUCCAGUUGACGAAACCGGCAAACGUAUCCGCACUAACGCAGACCACGGCCCCAUUAAGGACUACGACAGCUACGUAUUCGAUAUAUACAGCAAGUUCGUGCCGCAGCCAGUAGACAUCAGGACAUGUUCCGUAUACGAUAAAUACGACAUACUAGAAGAGAUUGGCACAGGCGCGUUCGGAGUUGUCCAUAGAUGUCGCGAGCGUGCCACUGGCAACUACUUCGCGGCCAAAUUCAUACCGGUCAGCGGUGCGAUGGAGAAGGAGCUAAUAAAGAAAGAGAUAGACAUAAUGAAUCAACUACACCAUAGGAAACUGAUCAAUUUGCACGACGCGUUCGAAGAUGACGAUGAAAUGGUGUUGAUAUUCGAGUUCCUCUCCGGCGGCGAGUUGUUCGAGCGUAUCACUGAGCCCGGCUACAACAUGAGCGAGGCAGAGGCAGCCCACUACAUGAGACAGAUAUGCGAGGGAGUGAGACACAUGCACGAACAGAACAUCAUACAUCUCGACUUGAAACCAGAGAAUGUGAUGUGUCAGACGAGAACCGGCACCGAUGUCAAGAUCAUCGAUUUCGGCCUGGCGACUAAACUGGACCCCAACGAAGUUGUAAAAAUAUCAACGGGCACUGCGGAAUUCGCCGCCCCAGAGAUAGUGGAACGGGAGCCUGUCGGUUUCUACACAGAUAUGUGGGCAGUGGGCGUUCUAUCUUACGUUCUUUUGUCCGGCCUGUCACCGUUCGCGGGUAACAACGAUAUUGAAACAUUGAAGAAUGUGAAGGCAUGCGACUGGGAGUUCGACGAAGAAGCCUUCCAGCACGUUUCCGAUGAUGCCAAGGACUUCAUCAGACGUCUAUUGGUCAAGAACAAAGAGAAACGUAUGACCGCUCACGAAUGUUUGAUGCAUAAGUGGCUAGCGGGAGACGCGGCUGCAGCUCGCACCGCUAAAAUUGAAGCGAGGAGAUACGAGGCCAUGCGCGAUAGAUUGCGGGCCAGAUACCUCGAUUGGUCGUCAUUCGCGUUGCCGAUCGGCAGGCUAAGCGAGUACAGUUCGCUACGAAAACUUCUUGUCGAGAAAUGGAAGAUCUACGAUGGACAGUUCGAUCGUCGUCAAGCGGCACCUCGGUUCGUAAUCAAGCCUCAGUCUGCGUUCUGCUACGAGGGACAGUCGGUGAAGCUUUACUGUCGCAUUAUUGCAUGCGCCGCGCCCACCGUCACCUGGUCUAGGAACAAUCACGAGCUGAGACAGUCUGUCAAGUUCAUGAAGAGAUACGCGGGCGAUGACUACUACUUUAUAAUAAACCGUGCCAAGUUAGAGGAUCGCGGUGAAUACAUAAUUCGCGCUGAGAACCAUUACGGCUUCAGAGAAGAGGUCGUGUUCUUGAACGUCCAACCGGUUCCCAAAGUUCAACGGCAACACGUGCCCGAAGCGCCGCGUAGACGCGAGGCCCUUCCGUACACGUUCUGGCAGGAGUCUAGCGAGACGGCGCCCGUGUUCACGUUCCAGCUGCGGCCGCGCGUCAUGCAGGCGCGAGACACCUGCAAACUGCUGUGCUGCCUCAGCGGCAAACCCACGCCUACAGUCAAAUGGUACAAAGACAGGAAAGAACUGUCGAAAUAUGACUACUCGAUGACUCACUCGGACGGCGUGGUGACCAUGGAGAUUGUAGACUGUCGACCUGAAGACAGUGGGAAGUAUACGUGCGUGGCUACGAACGUGCACGGCACCGACGAAACAUCUUGCGUCGUAAUUGUGGAAGGUGAAGUAAUAUCACCCGAGCAAGCCGCGUUAGCGCACAACUUCCUACAUUCGGGCGAUCGCCGCUACAUAGAGAAACCAUUGAAACCGGCACCACCACCUAUUAUUACCAAAACAAAGGUAACAAUCGACCCACCAGCGAAAUCUCACGCCGGACCUAGACCAAAGUACUCCCCACAAAGUUCCGUCGAAGCCAGCAAGAAGAAGUAUGGCGCCAAAUUAGAUUCAGAUACCUCUUCUAGAUCUAGGAGUGCUACUAAGGAAUUAGUUUUGCCAGCUUCGGACUCGACGAUGUGCGCACCGUCAUUUGCGCGUGCGCUUCCAGAUGUACUAUCCGCUAAAGACGGCACCCCACUUCUGUUAUCAUGCUCAGUACGCGGAGAUCCAGACCCACGAGUACAAUGGUACAAGAAUGGAAAACCAUUGCACUCAUCUGAGGUUGUCGAUUUGAAAUACAAAAAUGGUGUAGCGUCACUAGCGAUCAGUGAAAUAUUCCCGGAAGACGAAGGCGAAUACUCAUUGAAGGCGAUCAACAGCCAAGGAGAGGUAGAAACCAAAUGCAAGGUCACCGUCAAGCCUAUGGACAGUACUGCGGUGGCUAGCGGUAAAACUGGUGACAAACCACCGCGGAUAGUUGACCAUGCGACUUCGCAAAUCGUCAAUGAUGGCGACGCCGUCACACUCUCGUGCAGAAUUGUCGGAGCCGAAAGGUUUGACGUAGUCUGGCUCCACAACAACAAGGAGAUCAAACCGUCGAAGGACUUCCAGUACUCCAGCGAGGCGAACAUACACAAAUUGCACAUCGCUGAAAUAUUCCCAGAGGACGCCGGUGUGUACACUUGCGAAGCUUUCAAUGAUGCCGGCGAGACGUUCUCAUCAUGCUCAUUGGUAGUACUGGUGCCAGGAGAGGCUCCUGCUCAGCCACAAUAUAAAGAAUUCCCAGCAUCAGCCACAGUGGCCACAUCUGAACCGGCUGUAUUCAACGCGGAAUUAGAUAAGCCCCUACUCCAGCUUCAAUGGUUGAAGGACGGCAAACCUAUCGACGAGACAUCCACUAGGUACAGAUUCACGAUGGAAGGCACGUCCCGAUACAGGUUCGAGAUCGCAAAGGCGACUAGCGACGACGGCGGCCAGUAUCAAGCCCGCGCCGUCGGAUCGAAGGGCGAUUCUUUCGCGGCCUUCUAUCUUAACGUCAGUGACGCAUAA